AAUCGAUUGAAGCUAUUGAUGAGAGUUUAUAGCCGAAUUUUUGGUUCAUAUUAAAAUUCACAAAAUUGAAAAUUCUUGUUUUAUAAUUGCAAUGCUAAAUGGUAGUCUACUUUUGGACCUCAAAUCUACUGCUCAUAAAAGUCUUGCAGCUGAUAAGAAGUCGUUCUGUGUUGGGCCAAUAAAAUCCCACGCGUGCUACUGUGAAGCAUUUAGUUGGUCCGGAACUUUUGCCAAAAAUUGUUGUCUGCUAAGCUAAUAAAACUAUUUUGAGUACUGAAUUCGUUAAAAAAAUGACCUCUACGCGUGAUAAAAGAAAUCAGUUUCUGGCUGUACUUUCUGUAAAUCUACUAAGUUUAUCAUACGGCGGUGUUAUCUUAUGGACCUCAGCUAGUUAUAUUUAUCUGAAAAAUGAUUCGAAUCGCUUUGAAACCGGGGUACUGACAAAGGAACAACUAGGUUUGAUUACUGCCGCACUUUCUCCUGGCACGCUUGUUGGUGCCCUUUUCUUUGGGUGGCUGGCUGAUAAAAUCGGAAGGAAGCGAUGUUUGCUGUUAGCUGCAUUACCAAUGCUGGCACACUGGAUAAUUAUUCCCUUUGCCCGCAAUCCUUUGCAAUUGGCUGUGGCACGAUUUCUUGGCGGAACUGCCGGCGGAAGUUGCUUCACCGUGAUACCCAUUUAUAUUACAGAGCUGGCCCAGGAUAACCUACGCAGCACACUGGGCAUGCUAUUGUCACUAGCUCUGUCCACCGGCGUUUUACUUAUUAAUACUUUGGGUUAUUUUCUUCAUUACAUCAUUGUGGCUUGGAUCAUGACAAUCAUUCCUUUGGCUUUUCUUGUUUUAUUUGCCUUCAAUCCUGAGUCACCGCAAUACUUGGCACAACGCAAUAGGGAAAAGGCAGAGCGUUCACUCAGAUAUUAUCGUGGUAUAUCUUCAUCUGGCGAUGCCAAUGAGGAGUUCCAGCAGGAGCUGAGCAGAUUGUGCAAAUCAGAGGAUGAGAAACCAGAAAAACUUCAGCUCUGCUGGCACGAUUUCACUAAUCGCAAGGCGCGCAAGGCUUACUUCAUUGGAUUGGGUUUGGUUCUGACGAACCAAUUUAAUGGCUGCUUAACGUUGCAAAACUAUAUGACGUUUAUUUUUGAGGAAGCUGGGUCUAAUUUACCGCCAAUGAUUUCUGCAAUUAUUGUCAGCGUAAUUGUAUUAGUAGGCACUUUUCUAUCAACGCAUUUUGCGGGAUUUGCAGGGAGAAGGACGUUAUUACUCGGUUCGAUCUCUGGCAUUUUCAUAGGUGAAUCUAUCAUGGCUUCGUAUUAUUAUCUUACUUCCAAGGGAUAUGAGACGAGCAUGUUUAACUGGCUACCGAUAGGUACAUUCUCUCUUGUACAAUUUUCUUCAACAUUCGGCAUCCUGUCCGUCACCACUCCACUUAUUGCUGAGCUGACGCCGCCAAAGAUUCGAAGCAUUGUUGUUAGAGUGCAAAUCGUAACCAUGUUUCUGCUGUCAUCGGUCAUAACUAAGAUAUUUCCGCAACUUAGUGAAUCUCUUGGCAUGUCCAGCAUGCUUUUUAUAUUUGCCGGACUUUCCUUUAUUUUCACUGUAUUUAUUGCAAUCUUUGUUCCAGAAACAAAAGGAAAAUCUAUCCAAGCUAUUCAGGAUAGCUUGUAAAUUGUGAAAUACGAAUUCUCUUCUUAAUAAUAAAAUCUGAAAUCUUUUUUAUCUACA